CAAGCCCAGCGAAUCUACUUUGAAAGAAAAGGAAACCCAUUGCUCGUCGUUUUCCAUUUAUCUGCUUAUUAAGAUUUCUUUCGCUUUAUUCGCUCUAAUCCCUUGCUUUAGCCGCUUGGGCCGUAAGGUUCGGGUCCUUUAGUUAGCGUUUUUAGAGUUUUUGCCUCUUCCCCAAUUGUCAGCAAUUUCCGCAUCCCAGUGACCGAUGGGUGGUAAGAGGAAAAAGAGCAACGGGGAGGGCGGUGAAUCAUCUUUGCCUGACGAUGGUGAAGGGGCUAAGAGCAACGAGAAAACAAAGAUGGAAGUGCUUCCGUCGAUGAUCAAGAACAAGGAGAAGAGGUCGGAGGUGCACGCGAAGCUCAAACACCAAAAGAAACUUGAGAAGCGGAAGAAGGCUAAGGCUCGAGAGGCUGCGGAGAAAAGAGCUCUCGAGCUAGGAGAGGAGCCGCCGGAGAAGAAGGUGCCUCGUACAAUUGAGAACACUCGGGAAGCCGAUGAGACUGUUUGUAAGCCUGAUGAUGAAGAGCUAUUUGCUGGAAAUGAUUGUGAUGAAUUCAGUGCAAUUUUAAAACGAGAACAUACUUCGAAGAUAUUAAUCACCACUUGUCGUUUCAAUUCUACGAGGGGCCCUGCUUUUAUAUCGGAUUUACUUUCGGUGAUACCUAAUGCACAUUACUACAAGAGAGGGACCUAUGAUUUAAAGAAGAUUGUAGAAUAUGCAAAUAAGAAGGACUUCACCUCUAUUAUAGUUGUUCACACGAAUCGCAGGGAACCAGAUGCUCUGUUAAUCAUUGGCUUACCUGACGGGCCUACUGCUCAUUUCAAGCUUUCAAGGCUUAUUUUGCGCAAGGAUAUUAAGGGUCAUGGAAAUCCAACCAGUCACAAGCCUGAGCUAGUUUUAAAUAACUUCACAACACGCCUAGGGCAUCGAAUUGGAAGGUUAAUACAGUCACUUUUUCCCCAAGAUCCAGAAUUUAAAGGCAGACGAGUAGUCACUUUCCACAACCAGAGAGACUUCAUAUUCUUCCGGCAUCAUCGGUACAUUUUUGAAACAAAAGAAGUAAAAAAGACUGACUCAAAAGGCAACAGGACCAAUGAUUCCAAGGGGGAGAAUGUUCCUCAAACGAAGACAAUUGCCCGCCUUCAGGAAUGUGGCCCCCGUUUCACAUUGAAGUUAAUCAGCCUGCAGCAUGGAACUUUUGACAGCAAGGGUGGAGAAUAUGAGUGGGUUCACAAGCCGGAAAUGGACACAAGCCGAAGGAGGUUUUUCUUGUAACUGGAUUGGAGCAUUGCAAUUCAGGCGUGAUUUUUCAAGGAAGUGGUGUCUUUCUGUUCAGAGUUGGUUACCGUGCACAAGGUGUUGCAAUCUUUAGGAACAAAGGGCUAAUGCUGAUCUCAUUUGUUUUUUGCGUCAGUUUUGACCGCUGAAACUGCCAUGGAGGAAGAGAAAAUCUGAAUUAGCUGAGAAAAAUUCAUAUUAAUUGUAAUUGAUAACCUAAUUAUGCUUUAAAUCCCACCCCAUCUGUCAGGCGUUCUGUUCACCUACUUCCUAUUAAUACAUAUGGCCUGAAAAACAAAUAAUAAUAAUACUAUAAUAAUCACCAUCUUGAAUGUUUCUGAAA